CAACAAUUACAAGAAUUAGGAAUGAGACUGAGAUGUUUAGAUGACGGCAGUUCUGAUCAAGAUGAUCUGCUUGAUGAUGAUGAGGAUAGAUUAAUAUUGGAUCGGUCGCCUGACGAGACUGGCUCACAAGACAAUGAUUUAGAUGACUUGGAUUCCGAUGAUGACAUGGAUGGAACGAUGGCAAGUGAUGGAGAACGAAUAAUUUAUCCCUGGAUGAAGAAAAUUCAUGUUGCUGGCGUGGUGAGUGGCCAAUACUCGAUGCAUGACAUACCAAAGCGACAGCGCACGGCUUACACACGUCAUCAGAUACUGGAGCUUGAAAAGGAAUUUCAUUAUAAUCGCUAUUUGACAAGGCGCCGUCGAAUUGAAAUCGCUCACACAUUGGUUCUCUCUGAACGUCAAAUUAAAAUAUGGUUUCAAAAUAGACGAAUGAAAUGGAAAAAGGACAAUAAAUUACCAAAUACUAAAAACGUGAAAAAGAAGAACCCCGAUGGUUCCGUUCAGGUCACUCCUGGCACGGGAAAGAAGGGUAAACGUGGAGGUAACAAAAAGCAACAGCAACAACAGCAAACCACCCAAAGCGAGGUAAAAAUGGAAAUGUUUAAAGAUGACGAUUUUCAUGCCUUACUCUAA